GCUUUCAGAGUAAAGAGGAAACUCCACAUCUACAGCAUCACUGUAACAACAAGCAGGACAACUGAGAGCCGUCACGGCAACAGCUGCCACGACAACCAGCAUCCCACUCCACCAUCUGUGUGGCAGCUGUCUGCGCUUUUUAACUUAAAAGAAGUUUUGGUCCUCCUCCUCCUCUGAAGAUGAUGAUGAUGAUGUGCUGCACACUGGUCCUGUUUGGACUCAUCGGCAUCAGCGCUUCAUUGAGCGGAAGCUCACAAUCCUCACCCCGGAUGAAACUGUCUUAUAAAGAUCUUCAGCAGUUUAAUGGCAUUAAGCGGUUUGACUUGGAGCGUUCGUGUUCUUUCGGAGCUCUGCUAUUGGACGAAGAGAGGGGGCGACUGUUUGUUGGAGCUCGAAACUUUCUGCUAUCGCUGAGUCUCGACAACAUCAGCAAACAGGAACAGAAGAUCUACUGGCCAGCGCCUGUCGACUGGAGAGAAGAGUGCAACUGGGCCGGGAAAGACAUCAAUACGGAUUGCGUAAACUAUGUGAAAGUGCUACACCACUAUAAUCGAACUCACCUAUACGCCUGUGGUACGGGGGCUUUCCACCCCACCUGUGCUUAUGUGGAGGUGGGACAGAAAAUGGAGGAUCAUGUAUUUAGAAUCGAUCCCUCUCUUGUAGAAGAUGGAAAAGGGAAGAGUCCAUAUGACCCACGUCACACAUCAGCUUCUGUUCUGAUUGGUGAUGAGCUUUAUGCAGGUGUGGCCACUGAUUUGAUGGGACGCGACUUUACAAUCUUUCGCAGUAUGGGACAAAAACCCUCCAUACGGACUGAACAGCACGAUUCUCGGUGGCUCAAUGAGCCCAAGUUUAUUGCAGCAUUUGGUGUUCCUGAGAGUGAUAACCCUGACGACGAUAAAGUCUUCUUCUUCUUCAGGGAAACUGCUGUAGAAGCUCAGGGAUUUGGGAAGGUUACUUAUUCCCGGAUUGGUCAGCUCUGCAGGAAUGAUAUGGGAGGACAGCGCAGUCUAGUAAACAAGUGGACAACAUUUCUAAAGGCUCGUCUUGUGUGCUCUGUACCAGGCAAUGAUGGCACUGAAACGCAUUUUGAUGAACUCCGGGACGUUUUCUUACUGCAGACCCGUGACAAAAAGAACCCGCUUAUCUACACCGUCUUUACCACCUCCAGUAGUGUAUUUCAAGGUUCUGCAGUGUGUCUCUAUACUAUGAACGACAUUCGCCGAGCAUUUUUAGGACCUUUUGCCCAUAAAGAGGGACCCAAUUACCAGUGGAUUCCAUUCCAGGGUAAAGUGCCUUACCCACGGCCAGGCAUGUGUCCCAGUAAGACCUUCGGCAGUUUCGAGUCCACCAAAGGUUUUCCUGAUAACGUAAUCCAGUUUGCACGGCACCAUCCGCUAAUGUUUAAUCCAGUGACUCCUCUGGGUGGCCGACCGCUGUUCCUGCGCACCGGUAUCCCAUACACCUUCACUCAGAUUACUGUAGACAGAGUCAAUGCAGCCGACGGACACUAUGAUGUCAUGUUCAUUGGCACAGAUGUGGGCUCUGUGCUGAAGGUGAUCUCGGUGCCCAAGGGAAGCUGGAGCAACACUGAGCUGCUGCUGGAGGAGCUGCACGUCUUUAAGGACUCUUCGUCUAUUAUCAGUAUGCAGAUUUCCUCCAAACGGCAACAGCUGUAUGUUGGCUCAGACACAGGUGUUGUCCAGGUGCCUCUGCACCGCUGCAGUAUGUACGGUAAAGCCUGUGCCGAGUGCUGUUUGGCUCGAGAUCCGUACUGCGCCUGGGACGGACACACCUGCACACGAUACCUGCCAAACACCAAACGGAGGUUCCGGCGUCAGGAUGUGAGGAACGGAGAUCCUAAUGCCCUCUGCUCAGGAGACCAUCAGAAGCAGCGUGUCCUGGAGAAGAGGUUGUACGCUGUGGAUGGAAGCAGCUCCUUCCUGGAAUGCGUCCCGAAAUCACUGCAGGCCCAGAUUACAUGGACCUAUCAGAAGCUUCCGGAAAACCCACGGGAGGAGGUGCAUCUGGAUGAGCGUGUUCUGCAAACUGAGCGAGGGUUAUUGCUGAGGCGAGCUGUGCGUAGAGACGCUGGUGUAUAUCAAUGCCACUCUAUGGAGCACGGAUUCACCCAGACUAUCCUGGCCAUUACACUGGAGAUUUUGCCUUCGGCUGGCUCCGCCCCUUCUGCUGUUAACCCCCGCAGCCCCGCCCACUCACAUGUCAGUCAUGGCCAGUCCACCAAUCAAAAACUGUGGUACAGGGACUUUAUGCAGUUGGUCGAUCAUCCAAACUUAAACACAGUCGAUCAGAUCUGUGAACAAGUGUGGUCGCGCAAGCACAGCCUAUCAGGGAAGAGCCCACCAGAUCCAGCCAUCGAGGUGCCAGCUCAUGAUCCGCUGAACUCCAAAAAGUGGAAGCACCUAAAGGAAAUGAGGAAGGGCCGAAAUCGCCGAACACACGAUGGCAAACCUGCAUCCAGAGCACCGCGGAGCGCAGGAGAGUAGCGAAGGAUAAAACUAAGAGACAGAAAGAACACAAAAUAACCACUGGAGGUGGACAGAUUCUCACAAGACAUCUCAUUCGGUGACUGUUUAUCACCCGUUCUGCUUCUUAUGACCCCUGUGACGACACUCUACUGCCUGCUAUUAGUCUCUAUAUACUCUAUUGCCCUCAUCUCCAGUCUGAAGACUCAAUCUAGUGCCCUCACGACCCCAAUCCCCAUCCCGCCAGCAUCUAUUACCCCACACUCCAUCCAGUUCAUCUAAAUACUAAUACAAACUCGAGAGGUCCUGAACUCUAAAGUAAGUCCUUUUGAAUUGUAGCUGGAAGAUUGCUGUGAUUGGAUAUUGAAGACAUGAGACAUGCAUGCGCUGCAUCGAUCGGUAAACACAAGCUCACACUCACAUCCAAGUAUAGUCACCUGUUUUCUUCUGGGUGUUUGUGUAAGGUGUGUUCAGUAGAUUAGAUUCUUCUUUCACUUUGGCCC